UUUCUUGGCAGUACGGAAGUGGAGCAGCCCAAAGGCACAGAAGUUGUAAGAGAUGCUGUUAGAAAAUUAAAGUUUGCAAGACAUAUCAAGAAAUCUGAAGGACAGAAGACGCCCAAAGUCGAAUUACAAAUCUCAAUCUAUGGUGUAAAAAUUCUAGAUCCAAAAACAAAGGAAGUCCAGCACAACUGUCAACUCCAUAGGAUAUCAUUUUGUGCUGAUGAUAAAACUGAUAAGAGAAUAUUUACUUUCAUAUGCAAAGAUUCAGAAUCAAACAAGCAUCUUUGCUAUGUAUUUGACAGUGAAAAGUGUGCCGAAGAGAUAACUUUAACAAUUGGUCAAGCAUUUGACUUAGCUUACAGGAAAUUCCUGGAAUCUGGAGGAAAAGAUGUUGAAACAAGGAAACAAAUUGCAGGUUUACAGAAGAGAAUUCAAGAAUUAGAAACUGAAAAUGCAGAACUGAAAAAUAAAGUUCAAGAUCUGGAAAACCAGUUAAGAAUAACACAAGUACAUGCAUCUCCUGCAGGCAGUGUGACACCUAAAUCACCCUCCACUGACAUCUUUGAUAUGGUUCCCUUUUCUCCCAUAUCCCCUCAGUCAUCAACACCUACUCGCAAUGGUACACAGCCUCCUCCAGUACCCAGUAGAUCUACAGAGAUCAAGAGAGACCUUUUUGGAGCAGAACCUUUUGACCCUUUUAGCUGUGGAGCAGGAGAUUUCCCUCCAGACAUUCAGUCCAAACUAGAUGAGAUGCAGCGUCAGCGAUGGAGGGGUUCAAAAUGGGAUUAA